AUGGGAACACCAUUCAUCUCGCUCCUCGAGCCUAGCAAGCUCGAGGGCUACAAGCCGGGUGCUCCGCGCGACGAGCAGCCCGUCGGCUUGCCCUCCACUUUUCUCGAUGCCAUGGAGGUGCGCGAGGACGUCUUCGUCAAGGAGCAGAGCGUCCCCGUUGAUAACGAAUUUGAUGUCAACGACUCACGCAGCUGCCAUUGGGUGGCUUAUGCCAGCGUCCACACUACCCAGAAGCAAGAGGUCCGCGACGAGACGGGCGCCGUCGUCCAGCCGCGCAAGAGCUCGACGCGCAGCACGCCCAUCGGCACCGUCCGCGUCGUGCCCUUUCCCCACGGCCCCCAUCCCGUCAGCGGCGGUCGUUACUGGAAGGACGUUCUCGAGGGCGAGGCCGCCCAGCCAUCUGCGGAGGUGGAUACGGUCGCCGCGCCCGUCUUUGCCGCGGAUCGCCCGACUACGUACCACGACGGCAGAGAGUCCUACGUCAAACUCGGCCGCCUUGCCGUCCAAAAGGACUUUCGCGGCAACCAGAUUGCGGGCCUGCUGGUCAGCACGGCCUUGCAGUGGCUCAAAGAGAACCCGUCGUAUUUUGACCCCAGCGUUACGGAGCUUGGUCUCGAGCAAAUGGGCGCUAGACGAGAAACAGAAAUCCCAUCCUGGAGCGGGCUGGUCUGCGUUCAUGCCCAGAAACAAGUCCAGCCUUUCUGGGAGCGCUGCGGGUUUCAGGUCGACGAAGGUAUGGGAACGUGGUGGGAAGAAGGCAUUCUCCACGUUGGCAUGUUCCAGCGGUUAACGAUUGGAGAGAAGAAGGUGCGGAUUUACUGA